AUGGACCGCACCGCCGAACGUAAGCCUUCUGCACGAGACGUCGACGAUGAGCUUGACGACGACGCCCUGUUUGAGGCCCUAGAAAACGAGGAUGACUCCGGCUAUCGUGCCAAUCGCAUUGAGCAACUCAAUUCCGAGUUCGCAUCGGCCCAAAACAAUUCUUCUGCUCUCUCCUCGACGGGUGCAGUCCCACCAGCGACGCUUCGCGAAGAUGGCCUAUACCCUACGCUGCAAAGUGAUCAGGCACUGCUCGACUUCACGACCCAGACCCAUCGCUGUGUUAUUCAUUUCGCGCAUCCGGAUUUCGCCCGCUGCAAUACCAUGGACGAGCACAUCUGCGCUCUAGCCGCGCGUCAUCACGAAGUGCCUUUCGCUCGAGUCGAUGUGCGAAACACCCCAUUUGUAGUAGAGAAGAUCAAGAUCAAGGUGCUUCCCUGCGUGAUUGGCUUCAAGGAUGGGGUUGCGGUUGAGCGUGUGAUCGGCUUUGAGGGCCUUGGGUCUGGGGGACGGGAUGGCAAGGACAGCUUCAGCACGGCAACUCUCGAGAAGAGACUGCUUUAUACGGGCAUUUUGAACCAAACCAAGCUGAAGCCCGGGGAUAAGGACUCUCUCACAUCUGACGACGAUAGUGAUGAGGACGAACCCGCCUCCAGGAAGACUAUCCGCACCGGAAAUGCGCGAUAUCGGAGUGGUCACGACGACGAGGAGGACGAGGACGAUUGGGAUUGA